UUCGAGCCCUUUAGUCUCUGUGAACGCUAACUCAAGUUAUAUAAACCUUUCUGCACCGAUUUUCUCAUCUGUGUUUUGAAAAGAGUAAUUCUCGCCCUAACUGUAUUUAAAAAAAAUGGAACCUUGUUCCUGUGACACUUUCGUGGCAUUACCUCCAGCAACAGUUGAUAACAGGAUUGUUUUUGGAAAAAAUUCAGAUAGACCCUGUGAUGAAGUACAAGAGGUGGUUUAUUUUCCUGCUGCCGUUCAUGAUAACCCGAGAGAACAUCUUAAGUGUACUUACAUAGAAAUUGAUCAAGUUCGUGAAACAUAUGCUGUUGUCCUUAGUCGCCCAGCUUGGUUAUGGGGGGCAGAAAUGGGAGCCAAUGAGCAUGGAGUUUGUAUUGGGAAUGAAGCUGUAUGGGGAAGAGAAGAAGUUUGUGAUGAAGAGGCACUAUUGGGCAUGGACCUUGUCAGGCUUGGCCUUGAAAGAGCUGAUACAGCUGAAAAAGCCCUCAAUGUCAUUGUUGAUUUAUUAGAAAAAUAUGGCCAGGGUGGAAAUUGUUCAGAGGGUAGGAUGGUAUUUAGCUAUCACAACAGUUUCCUGAUAGCUGAUAGGAAUGAAGCCUGGGUUCUGGAGACUGCAGGGAAGUACUGGGCAGCAGAAAAAGUAAAAGAGGGAGUUCGUAAUAUUUCUAAUCAGCUUUCUAUAACAACCAAGAUUGAUCGGGAACACCCAGACAUGAGGAACUAUGCUAAGCAGAAACAUUGGUGGGAUGGUAAAAAGGAGUUUGAUUUUGCUGCGACAUACUCUUAUCUUGACACAGCCACUAUGAUGAUUUCACCAGGCAGAUAUUGUGAAGGCUACAAGCUUCUGAAUAAACACAAAGGAAACAUAACUUUUGAAACAAUGAUGGAAAUUCUCCGAGAUAAACCAAGUGGCAUUAAUAUGGAGGGAGAAUUCCUGACCACGGCAAGCAUGGUCUCUGUUUUACCUCAAGACUCCAGCCUUCCUUGCAUUCACUUCUUUACAGGGACUCCUGAUCCUGAGAGGUCUGUUUUUAAGCCUUUCAUAUUUGUGCCGAAUAUUUCACAACUAUUGGACACCAAUUCACCAACAUUUGAACUUGAAGAUGCAGUUAAAAAGAAGCCACAUUUUAAGAGUAAACCUGACAGAAGACACCCACUCUACCAAAAACAUCAACAGGCAUUGGGAGUAAUAGAUAAUAAAGAGGAAAAAGCCAAAACAAUGUUGGACAACAUGAGGAAACUGGAGAAAGAACUAUUCAAAGAGAUGGAAUCAGUCCUUCAAAAUAAGCAUCUUGAUAUGGAUAAAAUUGUUAAUCUCUUUCCUCAGUGUACAGAAGAUGAGAUUAGAAUUUAUAAGUCAAAUAUUACUUCUUAGUGACCAUAUAAAUGGUCAGCAGUUUUCCUCAAAGUCAGGAUGUUAAGUGAUAUAAAUCUAGUUUGAGCAGAUCUGAUUAUUUUUUAAUAGCAUUCAAGUGAUAGCUUGACUAUUAAAAUUACAUAUAGCCUUGCUGAAAUAUUGAGAAAGAAAACAGCAUUGGAAUUGGACACAUAUAUCAUGGGAUAGCCAGGUGUUACUUCAGGUACCAAAUUGUGUUAUAUUUUUUAGCUACAAUACCCUUUUUAAAAAUCACAAUAAUUAAAUAGUCAAUUCUGCAUAAAACAUGAAACAUUAAAAUAAUGCAUGGAUUUAUGUUUAUUAUAAUUAGGUAUUGUCCUCAAAUAAUUUUCUCAAUUACAACAAGAAAGUAGAUUUUUCUUUAGUAAUGGAAAAUAUUGUCUUAAGUAAUGAAUUUUUGUGCUUUAGGCAAAUAUUAACCAAUUCAAAUAAAAUUUUCUAGAUUUACACAAUAAGUCUU